AUGAAUGCCAGGGAAGCUGGCAGCAGUUGUUCACUCACCUCCCUGACCCCAGUCCUUCUGACAGACAAGGAAGGGGGGCAGCUGCCACCAGACGAGGUGCUGGAUGAGGCUGUGCCAGGGUACCAGGCCCCGGGGAGGAAGAGCCUUCUAGAGAUCCAACAGCUGGACCCGGAUGAUGAGAGCCUGGCCAAGUACAAGCGGGUGCUUCUGGGUUCCCUGCCACCAGCAGUGGACCCAAGCCUGCCUAACGUGCAGGUGACCAGGCUGACUCUGAUGUCUGAGCAGGCUCCAGGGCCCAUGACCAUGGACCUCACAGGGGAGCUGGCUGCGCUGAAAAAUCAGGUGUUCGUCCUGAAGGAGGGUGUUGAUUACAAAGUGAAGAUUACCUUUAAGGUCAAUAAGGAAAUUGUCAGUGGCCUCAAGUGUCUGCAUCACACCUACCGCAGGGGCCUGCGAGUGGACAAGGCUGUGUACAUGGUGGGCAGUUAUGGCCCAAGAGCCCAGGAGUACGAGUUUGUAACUCCAGUGGAGGAGGCGCCGCGAGGUGCACUGGUGAGGGGCGCCUACAUGGUCACUUCCUUCUUCACUGAUGACGACAGGGCAGACCACCUUUCCUGGGAGUGGGGACUCCACAUCUGCCAAGACUGGAAGAGCUGAGCCCACCCCUCUGCCCUGCCCUGCCCUGCCCUGCCCCGGGAGCUGUCUUCCCACUUAGGGUCCUUGUUUCCUCUGCCUCUGUCAGUCAUUGCACAGGCCCCUGCAAGCAUUCCCCAGCCGCUUAGUCA